UGGCCCCGCUGCUGUUCAACCUGUUCUUUACCGCGAUGCUCAUGGUUGCCGUGGCUGAGUUCGACAAGGACCCCAAGGUGACGGCGGACAUGGUCAAGAUCGGGACACAAGUGGAGUACACGGGCAAGAAGGGCAGGUCGGCGGGGAGGAAGACGACGGUGGUGACGGACGCGGAGGCCUUGUGGGCCAUGCUCUACGCUGACGACGCGGCCAUCGUCUCGUGCUCGCCGGAGAGUCUCGAGAAUAUGAUUUCGGUCAUCGUGCGCGUGGCCGGCCUGUUCGGACUGAUGGUCGCCGCCGGCCAGACGUACAAGCAGACAGAUCGGUUUGUGUACCUCGGACGUACCAUCUCCGCGGACGGGAAGGCCGACCGGGAGAUCACGAGCCGCAGCUGCCGAGCGUGGAAGUGCUACCGCCGGAACAGUGCUUCGAUGUACGACAGGCGACGGGCCAACCGCCAGCUCAAGAUCCGGUUUCUCCAGGCUGAAGUGGUGGAGACUCUCCUGUAUGGGUGCGCCUCGUGGAGCCUAACAGCGGAGCACUACACGAAGCUCAAUGGGACCCACCGCCAGUUCCUUACACGGUGCAUCGAUCGGCUGGAGCAAGCGGAAACAAUCGCUCAGACCGCCCCCUGUCCUAUGCCCAGGCCGUCAUCCAGGCAGGCUGCGUGGAAACCAUCGAGGCCACCGUGCGCAAACGGAGACUGUGUUUCGCGGGCUUUGU